CUGCCCACCAAUCUCAACAUCCCCGGCCUUGAGCACCCUAGGAGUUUUCCUCUCCGCCGCAAGAUCCCGCAAAACCACAUAUCUCCCCUGUCGACAUUUAAAUUGACAUCAUUCUCUUAUUCGCCGUACUCGCAAAGAUGGUGCUCGGCCGCCUAACUCAUUAUGCUUUCGAUGCUGUCCUGAUUUCGGCAUUCCUCGCUGGAAUCAAACGCUCCACAGGCCUCACCCCCAGCUUAAACUCAGACAAGAUCUCCGACAACAAAGAAGUCAAGCGAUGGGUCGAUAACUACCUGGGCGUCGGAGAGUGGGUGAUGGAUCAGAGCAUCGCAGUGCUAGGGUCGUCCGGCUGGUUUGAGAGACGGCGGUAAUUAGGCGAAAGCGGAAGCUUUUUGCUGUUGAUUCUCGUUGACGGUUUACGAUUACCAAGUGUCAUUUUUUUGAGCGCAUCAGCUAUCC